AUGGCACGUCAACGACCAGCCUGUGCUGGGUUUUCCACACUUAGUAUGCGCGAGUCGACGGUAGGGACAACACGAGGUCCCAACGCUGCGGAGCCCAAGAAAAAUUCUUUUUUUAAGGAUGUGAUCAUGCUUCGCUGGUUAGUUUCGCCUACAUUGGCGCUCCAGUUGGCAUCUCUGUUCGUCCUGGGCUACCUGGUGUUUGAACAUGUGUUGCCGGUGAGCAUCAAUCCGUUUAGGCCUUUCCUGUUUUUGUCGUACCGUCUUCCAGAAAGUCAGGUUCUUCUGCGUAUCACUCAGAACCGCUUGUACGGUCCUGCUCCGACCUACUCGGCGGACAACGCGAUCGCUACCGGGAUCCGCUCUUUCUUCCAAGGGGUUCACGCAACGCUGUUCCCGGAUGAGCCCAAGCUUCUUCGCUUCGGCAAGGGUAUAUUUGAUGUGUGCUUCAUGUCCUACUACGUGAUCGUAUUCAGCUUCUUGCGCCAAACCAUUACAGAGAGAGUCUUUAAGCCAAUGGCUGCUAGGUGGGGUAUCAAGUCUCCCAACAAGCAGACCCGCUUCGCUGAGCAGGGCUAUGCACUGACGUACUGGGGUACUACUAGCAUUUUCGGCCUCUAUGUUAUGUCUUUCCAGGACAGCUGGUGGUACAAUCUCGAGCAUCUUUGGUACCAAUAUCCCCACUGGCAAAUGCGACCGGAACUGAAGCUAUACUAUCUGCUACAGGCAAGCUACUGGCUGCAACAGGCGUUUGUCAUGCUACUGGGUCUUGAGCGCCCACGGAAGGACUAUUAUGAACUGGUGGCCCACCAUCUUGUCACUCUUUGGUUGAUUGGAUGGUCGUAUUUUAUCAACCUCACCAUGAUUGGAACGACAGUGUUUGUGUGUAUGGACAUCCCGGACACCUGGCUUGCGGACACUGGCUGGUCUGGUGGAUGCAAUGUCACUGCUCUUUGCGGUGUGUAUGGCGACACCCGGGAAGAUGGCGAAGAUGAAGAGCCACCUAAGCAGGAGUAA